UUGGUGACCCCGCUGCCCAGUGGCCCCAAGACAGCAGGGAGACAUGUCCUGUCUUGUGCCCCUCUGUGUUUCAAGUCUCUGGACACAGGGCCAAGAGACCCCGCCAGAGAAGACUGACAACAGCAGGCACGCUUCGGAGGUAUUGCGGGCUGGGGUCCACUGCAGUAAAGCAAAUCCUGCAAUAAAGCAUCAGUGUUCUUCUGAUCCAAGGCCUCAUUUACCCACCAUGGAAACGGAACAAGAGAAAGUCAGCGUGAGCAAGGCGCCUGGCACAGACUCGGCCUCUUACCGCUGCUCCGCAUGCCAUGGGGACGAGGCCUGGGGGCCCGGCCAUCCCACCCGGGGACGGGCCAAGUCCCGCAGCCUGUCGGCCUCGCCCGCCCUGGCGAGCACCAAAGAGUUCAGGAGGACACGCUCUCUGCACGGGCCGUGCCCGGUGACCACGUUUGGACCAAAGGCCUGCGUACUGCAGAACCCCCAGACCAUCAUGCACAUCCAGGACCCUGCCAGCCAGCGGCUGACGUGGAACAAGUCCCCAAAGAGUGUUCUUGUCAUCAAGAAGAUCCGGGACGCCAGCCUGCUGCAGCCCUUCAAGGAGCUCUGUGUGUACCUGAUGGAGGAGAACAACAUGAUUGUGUACGUGGAGAAGAAAGUUCUAGAAGACCCUGCCAUAGUGAGCGAUGACAACUUUGGACCAGUGAAGAAGAAAUUCUGCACCUUCAGAGAAGAUUAUGAUGACAUUUCCAAUCAGAUCGAUUUCAUCAUAUGCCUGGGAGGGGAUGGGACCCUGCUUUAUGCCUCCUCCCUCUUCCAGGGCAGCGUGCCUCCGGUCAUGGCGUUCCAUCUGGGUUCCCUGGGCUUCCUGACCCCCUUCAACUUUGAGAACUUCCAGUCCCAAGUUACUCAGGUGAUACAGGGCAACGCGGCUGUCAUUCUUCGGAGCCGGCUGAAGGUCAGGGUCGUGAAGGAACUCAGAGGGAAGAAGACGGCCGUCCCCAACGGGGUCAGCGAGAACGGAGUGCUGGCCGCGGACCUGGCCGCGGAGGCUGGGAAGCAGGCCAUGCAGUACCAGGUCCUGAACGAGGUGGUGAUCGACAGAGGCCCCUCCUCAUACCUGUCCAAUGUGGAUGUCUACCUGGACGGGCAUCUCAUCACCACGGUACAGGGUGACGGGGUGAUCGUCUCCACCCCGACGGGCAGCACGGCGUAUGCGGCCGCCGCCGGGGCCUCCAUGAUCCACCCCAACGUGCCGGCCAUCAUGAUCACGCCCAUCUGCCCCCACUCGCUGUCAUUCCGGCCCAUCGUGGUCCCCGCGGGGGUCGAGCUGAAGAUCAUGCUGUCACCGGAAGCCAGGAACACUGCGUGGGUGUCCUUCGAUGGACGGAAGAGACAGGAGAUCCGCCACGGAGACAGCAUCAGCAUCACUACCUCUUGCUACCCACUUCCCUCCAUCUGCGUCCGAGACCCCGUGAGCGACUGGUUUGAGAGCCUGGCGCAGUGUCUGCACUGGAACGUGCGGAAGAAGCAGGCGUACUUCCAGGAGGAGGAGGAGGAGGAGGAGGAGGAAGAAGAGGAGGAGGAGGAGGAGGAGGAGGAGGAGGACGAGGGGGAGGAGGGGGAGGAGGGGGAGGAGGGCUAGGCCUGAGCUCCUGCUGUCCACACCCGGGACCCCAGAGUCCCAAAGCCGUUCUGCUGCCUCCUUCCCCUCGCCCUCCGGGAGCGGGCUGGCCUGAGCACGUGUGCUGUGCGCCCCGCGCGCAGGCGUCACGGGUCACGGCGCUUUGGUCUGUAGCCAGAGGAAGAGCCGGGAUCUGCCUUUCGUCGACCAGAUCAGCUGUUUUUAACAUUUUAAAUCUGACUUCUUUUUUGCAUUUCUAAACAAGAAAAGUGAGUGACGGCGGGGGACUCUGAAGCAGACACCAUGCUUACCCGUGUUGUGGGUCGGAGCCUGGGUCCUGGGGCAGGGACACCCGGCUGGACGUGCUUUUUGUAAUUUCUUGUCAGGAAACUUGUGCUUAAAUCAGUCUAUUGAAAUUCAGAGGGGAUCAGAACGGAUUGAUCUGUCUUUCCAUGUCGAAAAUAAAUGUCUCGUAGCCAAAAAUCUCACUUGAAGCUACCACGAUUUCCCCCUUAAAUCUUGCACCUUUUUCGCCGAAAGGACUCGGAGGGGACGCUUCUGCAGAGAGCGGUUUGGUUUGAUCGGCUGACGAGCGGAGGGUCCCCUCUCCCUCCUGCGCCUCGUCUGGGCCUCCCCGCCGUGGCCCCCAGCCCUCCUCUCCUCCCUGCCGUGGGGUGACAGGUGCCAGCGCUGUGGCCCCACCGGCCCUGCGGACGACGCCUGGUAGGGGGUCAGACCCACACACACAUUCCUCACGAAGCCGGGACGGCGUCCUCUGCACCCUGGAAGAUAUUUUAAAUCCUGUGUCUACUUUGUAGAGAUGAUUUUAAACUUUCUGAACUGCUAUGUACAGAUUUUAUUGUACACUCUGAAGAUUUAAGAGGGAAGGGGAUUUGUACUGUUGGGAAAUGGAGCCUUGUUCCGAUGUUUGCACGCGUUCUGUGUGACGCCGUGUGCUGGGACCACUGUGUUCCGCAUCGUCGCCGUAGAGGUGACGGUCCAGGAGCGAAGGGUGCUUCUCCCUCGGGAAGCCACCGGUCAGCGAGGAAGGCGGUGCUGGGACGUUUUGUGUCCUUUCUGCUCUCGCUUCUCCCUGGGCGUCUUGGGCUUGCGAGGAAACUGCCAGCAUUCCAGUGGCCCCUCCGGCCGCGCGGGGCGUGUGCGCGGGGCGCGUGCGCGGGGCUCCGGCCCCUGCUGGUUGUUGCCUGACAGAUGUCCUCCAGUCGGGCGUCUGUUUCAGAGUGACUGAUUUCUCUUUGAGCUACAUCAUUAACCUGUUAAGGUGGCAAGAACGGAAGGGACGGGGCUGGGCCUUGCUCUCCUGGAGGGUCACAGGCCUCAUUCUGGAGCUGCUAGAAAGGCUCCGGGGCCCCGGGUGCCACCACCCUCGGCCGGGGGUCUCCGCACGGCGGGCUGUGCAGCCUGGGCGCCCGCGUCUGCCGCGUCCGUGGUUCAGCGUCUGUGGAGCUCGGCAGUCGGCGUGGGGCUCGGAAGGGAGGUGGGCCCUCACCGCCACCUGCCCACGGGCACGGGGCACCGCCAGAGGCCCGCCACCCGGCCUCCCUGGGGCAGAGAGGGGGCCGAACCAAAACUUGGCUUUAGGUCCAAAAGAGAGUGGCGUUCGGAAUUCAGGUCGUUCACUUAGACAAAAAAAAAAAAAAAAAAAAAAAGCAAGUCUGAAAGGAGCAUGAUUUGGAGUGAUUUAGAAAACUUGGGAUUUUUUGAAUUCUUAAUGUUUCAUAUUGUUAAUAUCUUGAAAAUUUGUUAAAUGUUGUCGAAAGCCUUAUUACUAUUUUCAGAUUCUUUCAAUAAACAGACUUGUUUAAAAAGUUGGA